UACCGGCAGAUUUGAGAGCUUCUGGCUUGAUGCAGCUGGAGCCGGUUUUCUCUCAGCACUCUGUACACAUCCUCCAACACCCUUCCAGCCUGGGCUGCAGUGUCUUUCUAGCAUGUAGUGGGAGGCUAGAGCCAAGGGGCAGAAUUCAAUGACGUGUAGUUUCAAGAUGGCUUUUAUUGGUGAUUCUGUAAUCAGACAACUACUUGUAUAAAGACAGUAAGUGUUCGCAGUGCUGAGAAGAGGGGCGUGGAUUCACUGGCAGAAAGGAGGAAUGAAGAAUGGAUUGGUUACUCUAGAGUCACUGUGCAUCUACGGUCAGAACAGAGGGAUUUUACACGCCAGCCCAGUUUUGAUCCCGCUCGCUGUCCCUGCUGACACCUGAGCCGAGGCGGUGAUGCUGCCAAGACCUCUGCAGCCCACAAGUCAACCUACAUGAGAAUGAAUAUAUGCUACAGCACCGCUGGAGGUGUUUGGCUUCAACAGCAUCGCAUGCAUCCACCUACAUGUCCCCUCUGAGACUUCAGGAUGCCAGUUUUCUCCACUGGGCCCAGAUGCUGCUCCUGUCUUGGCUGGCAGACUUUCCCAACUCUAACUCCACAGGUGGAACUUCAGCCCGCAGUCUCCAUUGUGUCCACGCUUCAGAUUGUCAGCCAUGCCUUUAGUGAAAAGGAACAUCGAACCCCGGCACCUGUGCCGCGGUGCUCUGCCAGAAGGAAUCACCAGUGAGCUUGAAUGCGUAACCAAUAGCACCCUCGCAGCAAUCAUCCGCCAGCUGAGCAGUCUGAGCAAACAUGCAGAAGACAUAUUUGGUGAGUUGUUUAAUGAGGCUAACAGCUUCUACAUCAGAGCCAAUUCUCUUCAAGACAGAAUUGAUCGCCUUGCUGUCAAAGUCACCCAGCUGGACUCCACAGUGGAGGAGGUCUCACUGCAGGAUAUCAACAUGAAGAAAGCAUUCAAAAGCUCCACCAUCCAAGACCAACAGGUGGUUUCCAAGAACAGCAUUCCCAACCCUGUUGCUGACAUUUACAACCAGAGUGACAAGCCUCCGCCUCUGAACAUUCUCACACCGUACAGAGAUGAUAAGAAGGAUGGGCUGAAGUUCUACACAGAUCCCUCUUACUUCUUUGACCUCUGGAAAGAAAAGAUGCUGCAGGACACAGAAGACAAGAGGAAGGAGAAGCGACGUCAGAAGGAGCAAAAACGUGUAGAUGGCACCACCCGUGAGGUGAAAAAGGUUAGAAAAGCCAGAAACAGGCGCCAGGAGUGGAAUAUGAUGGCGUAUGACAAAGAGCUUAGGCCCGACAACAGGUUGUCUCAGAGUGUGCACCACGGAGCAUCCUCCGAGGGAUCUCUGUCCCCAGAUACUAGGUCUCACACGUCCGAUGUCACCGAUUACUCUUAUCCUGCUACUCCCAGCCACUCUUUGCAAGCACAGCCGGUGACACCUUCCUGCACAGCUGGUGACACACCACUGCAUGGAACCACAAACCAAGGCGCUGAGCAUGAGUACCGACCCUCGUCUGCCUCAGCAAGGCACAUGGCCCUAAACAGACCUCAGCAGCCACCGCCCCCACCUCCUCCCCAGGCCCCAGAGGGGGCCCAGGCUUCUACAUCAGUGGCCCCGACUGACUAUGGGAUGCUUCCAGCACAGAUAAUUGAAUACUACAACCCCUCAGGACCACCACCGCCUCCCCCUCCACCCAUGAUUCCUUCAGCACAAACUGCCUUCGUCAGCCCUCUCCAGAUCCCCGCACAGCCCCCAUUCCCUGCCUCAGCUGCUUCCCACCAGCCCUCCACCGGGCUCUUGGCCACAGCACCACCACCUCCAGGCCCCCCACCUCCUCCACCUGGUCCUCCUGGCCCCUCGUCUCUUUCAUCCUCCCCACUGCAUGGCCCCCCUGUGGCUGAGGCAAAGCGCCCAGAACCUGCACAGUCGCCCAUAAGUGAUGCAAGAAGUGACCUCCUGGCUGCCAUCCGGAUGGGAAUUCAGCUGAAAAAAGUUCAGGAGCAACGAGAACAGGAAGCCAAACGGGAGCCUGUCGGGAAUGAUGUGGCCACAAUCUUGUCUAGACGCAUCGCCGUGGAGUACAGUGACUCAGAUGAUGACUCUGAGUUUGACGACAAUGACUGGUCCGACUGAAUCGCACAAGGCUGGGCAGCAGGUGGACAGCCAGGGCACCGUAUGGCAGUGUGUUAGGAGCGUGUGUGAUCUCUGCACCCACAUAGUGGUGUUACCCUGUAGCUUUAGUAACUUUUGUAUUAACAGUGUGCUAUUGCUUCUGCACAUCCUUCUGGAUUUGUUGAGUAUUUACUGUGUAAUACUUAAGUGCCACUAAACACAGCACACCGUGCUGCACACCAGGAAAUACGCUGUAACUAGUGCAUAGUCCUGAAAUAGCAUCUCGCUUCCCUCUUG